AUGCCUCUCCAUCCACUCGUACAAAUUGGUCGAAAGGUCAGUUUGGGCCGGCUUUGCCGCGGCGCCGAAGGAGGGGCCCAUUUCGGCGGCAGAGAUACUCUAUUUGGAAGACUGAGACCACGGGCAGACGGCCUUAAGGGUCCCAACGCAUUUCGGUUUCCAAGCUUAUGCACUGUCCAGCACCCCGGUGGACCUGGCUCCGAAGCAUCGACGGCUAAUGGGUGGGGUUGCAUUCUGCCCGACGGUGGGACUCGACUCAAACGUCCAACAAGUAAGUCGUCGCACAGGAGCUGA